AAAAAAACUGCCCACAUCAGUCAGAUCAGAGAAGAAACGAAAAGGGCUAAAACCCUAGCAAAACCAACCUCACCGUCGCCGUCGCCGUCGCCAUCGCCGUCGCCGUUGGACGAGGCAGCCAUGGCCGCGGGGGGCACCGCCGACUUCUUCUACCGCGAGUCACUACGGCUGGGCUACGUCGCCCGCUCCGCGUUUAAGCUGAUCCAGAUGCAGAAGCAGCACAAGCUCAUCGCGCCGGGCGCUGCCGUGCUCGACCUCGGCUGCGCCCCCGGCGCGUGGCUCCAGGUGGCCUGUCAGAACCUGGGCCCCCUCGAGAAGGGCGGCGUUGUUGUCGGCGUCGAUGUUCAUAAGGUGAAGGUCCCCUCUGCACACUGUGACUCACGGGUCAGGACGGUCCGUGCAGAUGUCAUGACUAUGAUGAAGCAGCAGGCUCGGGCGAUGUCACCACAGGAACGGGGAUUCUCCGUGAUACUGUCAGACAUGUGUCCACCAGUUUCAGGGAUCACAACCAAAGAUGGUGCUAUAUCUUGUGAGUUGGGCAUGCGUGCUCUCUCGUUGGCAGUAGGAAAGAUAAAGUUAAAAGAGUCUGAUUACAGUGAGAUACUAGAGAAGUAUCUGAGCUCCACCGAGCCCGAUCCUGAUGAGGAUGGUGUUCUUCGUCGUGGAGGUAACCUAGUAAUGAAGUUCCUGGAGAAUGAGGACAUAUCAGGGUUUGGCAAAUUCUGCAAGGUCAAGUUCAAGAAAGUAUCCUUGUUGAGACCUAAGGCGACCCGGCCUAGCUCGAGGGAGAUCUACAUGAUCUGUGAAGGUUUGCGGUAGAAAGGAGGGGCUCUUCAGAAGGCAAGCGGAGACUCCACGAUGCUAGGUCAUUUCAGUUGCCCUGAACUGGAGGCAAUUGUUCUAGCUGCUGGCUAACUGGCAAUUUGACACAACUGUGUUUUGAUCCUUCGAGGCCUGUGUGAUAAGUUUUAUUGAACCUAGCUAGUAGUUCGUCUAGGAGAAAAAAGAUUGAGUUAAAUCAUUUCUGGGAGCCUGAAAUCCUUGCUUU